AUGGUGAAAGAUUCCAUGGAACAUGCUAAAAGAUGUGAAGCUUGUCAAGUUCAUGCGAACUUUAUAUACCAACCAUUGGAACCCUUACAUCUGACUGUUGCUUCAUGGCCUUUUGAUGCCUGGGGUUUGGAUGUUGUAGGACCCAUAACUCCAAAAUCUUUCGCUGGCCAUUUGUAUAUCUUGGCAGCUACAGAUUAUUUCUCAAGAAGGGCGGAAGCACUUCUAUUAAGAGAAGUUAAAAAAGAGACCGUUGUCAAUUUCAACCAAGGUCAAAUCAUUUAUAGAUAUGGAGUUCCUCGAUGUAUCAUUACUGAUAAUGGGAAACCAUUCUAUAACAGUCUAAUGGACGAACUUUGUCAAAAGUUUCAUUUUGUCCAACACAAUUCUUCCAUGUACAAUGCAACAGCAAAUGGACUUGCAUAA